AUGAAAGGAAGGUUGGAAAUUACACUACGGUCCAUGGGACCCUUGAUGCGGAGGGGGUCGUUGGGAAACUCCAAAAGUGGCAUCAAUAAAGAAACCAUUUUCCUGGCUUGGGCGAUGCUCUGGAGAUGCUGCGACAAUGUGACAUUUUGGGCACUAUGCCAAACCCCGAAGACAAGAGGGGAAGGUCCGGUCGAGCACCAGCCUUCGUUCGGCCACGACAUUCCGGACCCGACACCGUCCACCGUCCUGAACGACUGGUUUGCUAACCUGGAAAAGCGGUAUCGCGUCUGGGCCGAACAGUCCCCUCAGCGCACAGCUGCCCGUCAGUAUCAAUACCAUACCUCGCGCAACAACAACAACACAUUGCCUUGGCGGCGUCAAUACCCUUAUCCAGCAAAAGGAAAAGCAUUCGAACUCGAUCCGAAGAAUAUACCCAUUGUCACGAUCUGA